AUGAAAGAAACCAAAAGACCCUUAACAUUGCCCCAUGUAAAUGUUACGCAAAAUUUUAGUUUUGCCAAAAAUAUGCAUGCUGGUAAUCUUGAACACCAACCCUUGCCAGAUACUUUGGGCUAUAGACAUUUAACUAAGGUGGGCGAACAUCGUGAUUCGGACAUCGUUGUCAAACCUUAUGCGAUAGGUUGGAAAGGAUAUGGUGCAUCUGGUCCGACUUGUUGCACGAAAAUGCGUGUACACAGACCAAAAACGUGUGACCCCAAGAAGCCUGAAACGGAAGAACGCAAGCAACGCCCAGCAACAUCAUUUGACCUAGGCGGACAGUACAAAAAGCCUUUAUCCCUCAUGGACUUGGCCAUAUGCUGGGAUUUCAAAACUGACGAUCACCGAGAACCAAAACCCCCGAAGCAUAUAGAUGGCUCAAAUGGCUCCACAGCACCAGCAGUUUUUACAAUGGUCCACACCCCGAAGGACGAACAAGAAUAUAUAACCGGCCAUUCGCAAUCAAUUUUUAAUCAGAACCGUAAUGGACAUGAUGUUGGCCGUCACAGUGUACCGCAUUUUGAAAAAGACAUGACGAAAGAAAAGAGGAAGGAUGCAUGCGAUUUACAAAAUUGUCCACAACAUACACAUAAUGAUAAAGAGUCCAGAUCUAAGUCUUCUAGUAGGAAAAGCUCGGCACAAUCAUCGAAAGAUGAAAAAUGUGAUGGUGUAAAUGGAUGCGGUACUGUUUCGUCUUCCAAAAACUCAAGCCGUGAUUUCAAACCCGAUAAAUACGUAAAAGAAACUAGCAACAACCGUGGAAGUCGACGUAUUAACAGCUUAGAAUCGUAUACCAAAACUCCUCUGGCACAGGGAAAAUUGCACCAAAGUUCCCCGAAUGAAUCUCAAAUAUCCCAUUCACCAAAAGACAGUAUAUCAUCUAACAAUAACGGGAAGCAUCGUCAUUGUUAUUCCUGUGGCGGCGAUAAAGUUGCAAAAGAAAUAAAGCAGAAAGAAGACUAUAAGUUCGCAUUUAAAGCUGGUAAUCCCAACUCCAUUCAAAGCACUAACUCCAACGAUUCCAAAGGAGUUAAGAUGCCAAAAAUGCGUCAUCCAUAUACAAAGAAAUCAUAUACCAUUCCCACUUUGGCACCACCAUUUAGUAUUUGGCGCGAUGCGAAUGCUACUGGGUAUCCUGAACAUUGGAGAUUAGCCAGUGUUUAUCAACAUGCUUAUAAGCCACCAGAACAGAGACGAAAACCUCUUAUAAAUAGUGUGUAUCAGUAA